AUGAGCUCGCAGACCCCACGCCGCAGCUGCUUUGGUUUCAGCUUGGUUCUCGCAGAGCCUGCGCUCUUCGUGAUAUGGCAGGUGCCAAGAGCGGCUAUGGUCCUGCGCUAUCGUGCUGAAGAUGAGGAGGAGGUCACACCGCCCAAGCCCAGGUUACAGGCCGAGGAAUCGGAAGGCGGCGAAGGUGAUGGAACCAGAUCCCUGCAAAACUCCAAGGACUCGGAGAACGACACACAUGCAUCGGUUUGGUCUGUCUCUGUGCGCAUGUCUGCAUAA